GUGCCAUGCACUUUGCGGCGCAGAAGCACGACGUGGGCGAACGGAAUAGCCACGAUGGCAACCAACGUCUCGAUCGCCGCUCCCGCGGAGCGAUGCACGCUCCUGAAUGGCACGUUUAACGACUUGAUCCAGGUCAUGCUGGGCCUCAUUGCUCUGUCGGUGCUGAUCUUCAAGCGAUACCACGAACAUCCGCGGCGACCGAUGAAGAUUUGGAUAUUCGACGCAUCCAAGCAACUCAUUGGGGCAGGCGUCGCGCACGCUGCGAAUCUCGCGAUCGCGAUCGCCCUCACCGGUUUGGCCAAAGGCCGCACGGACGCCGAUCAGUGCGCAUUUUACUUUAUCAACUUUACUCUGGACACGACGUUGGGGGUCGCUGUGAACUACGUUCUGUUGAAGGCGCUCGUCCUCUUCGCGAUCAAGCACGGUGUGUCGGCGCUGCAAGUGCCAGGAGACUAUGGCCACCCGAUCCAAGUGCGGGUCUGGGCCCUUCAGCUCGUCACGUGGCUCGCCAUCAUCUGUUCCACCAAGAUCCUGAUCGGGUCGGUGAUCUUUGGGCUUGAAACUCCCCUGGGCGACGUUGCCGAGUGGGUUUUCAGUCCGUUGGCCAGUUAUCCCAAGGUCGAGCUCGUCAUCGUGAUGGUUGCGUGCCCCGUGCUCAUGAACGGCCUCCAGUUCUGGGUGCGUCGUCAAGAGUCGUUUUGGAGAUUUAUCAGGGUGGGUCGGCAGGUCCAAGACAACUUUCUCAAGAAGCAAGUGCCGGCUAUGGACGCUGUUCCUUCGUCAGACGAACACGAUGGGGCUGGAUCGCCGACGGCCGCAUCGAUCCCCGGCGACUCGAUCAAGUCGGUGUGAAUGCUUCACGAGCCAACUCGAGGUUGAAUUGAAAUGCAUGCUCCGAUUCGUUUGCUUUGGUCACGUGUCGCUUUUACGAACCAAUCCGGCAUGCUACCGACCGCUGCUUGAGUUGUGUCGUAGCACGACAUGGGCGGCGUGGUCUAGCGAUGCCACUCAAUGGGGACAUGAUGGCAGCAGCGUCGCUCGAGGUCACUUGGCGCGACGACGUUCUCCGAUGGCAGGAAGGUUUCGUCAAAGCAAGCAGACGGCCAUCAUGUUUUGAAAACGACGUCGAAUUCGGGCUCGAGAGAGC